CGUUUUUAAUUAACGUAAAAACCAAAUCUCCGAAACUGAAUGAAUGGCUCUUUAGAAAAGGUAAAAGCCCCUUUUCGUCAUUUCCACUCUCUCUUCGGAAUCUCUGCUCCCUUUCUCUUCUUCUUCUUCUUCUUCUUCUUCUUCCGUUACUUGCUUUCUUUUCUGAAACCGAACAUCACACAUUCAUCUCAGUUUCAUUUCCUAUUCCUCUCUCUCUCUAUCUCUUCCUUUCUCUGUUGCAGUUUAACUAAGAAUCAUCACCACAACCCAGAUUCUGUUUUCUUUUUUUUACUUUUUCAAGGUCUGGACUUGAUUUUUUGGGAGUUUAAUUGAUUUCUGACUUUCCAUUGAUCUUCCUCAGCGAGAUUUCUAAUGUUGAUCUCUUCACUCUGUGGGGGCAUUAUAUAGUAAUGUGUUAGAAAGAUAAGGAGUUUAUAUAGAAAGCUUGUGAGAUGGAAGAGAGUUACUGUGCUUCGAGAAGAUGGGAAGACUUGGACACUGACAUAUUGGUGAAGAUUUUCCAGUCAUUUGAUAUAUUUGAGUUAACAAAAGGAAUUGCUCAUGUGUGUAGCGCAUGGAGACUUGCUUGUUGUGAUCCUUUGCUAUGGAAAACACUCGAUUUAUCGAUGUUGAAAUCGAAUUUCAUAAAAAUCCCAUUAGAGCCUUAUGUUUAUGUUGAUGGUCGAUCGGAUAAAAUUUUGACUCGGGUGUUGAAGAUCUCCUUGAGUCUCAGCCGUGGAAGCAUUUUGACCUUGAUCUUCCAUUUUAACUUGUACGUGAGCGACGAUCAGUUGACUUACACAGCCGAAAGGUGUCCGCGGCUUAAACGACUUGUUCUUCCAGCUUGGAACAGAAUAAAAAAGACAGGAAUAUGCAAGGCCAUUCGUGCAUGGACAGAUCUCGAAUCACUGACGAUGCCCAGCAUAGCAAAUCCACCAUACUUCAUGGAAGAGAUCUCCAAUAACUGCAAAAAUUUCAGUGAGCUCAAGAUCAUGGGUCCCUGUGACAUGUUAUGUGCUUCUACACUAGUCAGAUGCCUUCCCAAACUGAAGGUAUUAAGUCUCCGGUGCUCAAUGCUUAAUAAGGAUGCUCUGAUCAUGAUCUUGGAUGGAUUACAACACCUAGAAGUUCUCAACAUUUCACAUUGCCUUUUAAUCGAAGUCCCUCCGCCCCCUGCAUCCAAAAGGAUUGUUAAAGAACUCGAUCAUUUGAUCCUCGAGAAAGCAUCUCGGUUACGCCAAUUUCUAACAUGCAUGGAAGAAGACACUUGCCUCAUGUGCCAACGAACGAAAAGUGACGAAGGGCUCAUGAGGUGGUACAAAUAUGAAGAAGGAAUGUGGAAAGCUGAUGAGGUUAGCUCACUUGCUCUGUAAUUAGAGCAUUGUAAGACUAUUUUAGGUAGAAGUUUCACAUUAUGUGCCCUUUUCUGUUUGGUAAACAAAGAGUUCUUUUUCUGUCAUAAAUAGAAUAAUGCAUUAUCCCAUAAAUAUAAAUGAGAGCUUUCUUAAUAGAUAAGUUGGCACUCUAUUUUUGAGCAAAGAGCUCUGAGUUGAAAUCUCUGCUGUUGUACAUAAAGAAAGUCUUUGUGUUUCCUGUGACAUUAUUGAGAUUGAUAGUUACAUAAGUAUCUUUUGCACUCCUCAAA